AUGACCAUUACUACUACUACUACUACUACUACUACUACUACUACUACUACUACUACUACUACUACUACUACUACUACUACUACUACUACUACUACUACUACUACUACUACUACUACUACUACUACUACUACUACUACUACUACUACUACUACUACUACUACUACUACUACUACUACUACUACUACUACUACUACUACUACUACUACUACUACUACUACUACUACUACUACUACUACUACUACUACUACUACUACUACUACUACUACUACUACUACUACUACUACUACUACUACUACUACUACUACUACUACUACUACUACUACUACUACUACUACUACUACUACUACUACUACUACUACUACUACUACUACUACUACUACUACUACUACUACUACUACUACUACUACUACUACUACUACUACUACUACUACUACUACUACUACUACUACUACUACUACUACUACUACUACUACUACUACUACUACUACUACUACUACUACUACUACUACUACUACUACUACUACUACUACUACUACUACUACUACUACUACUACUACUACUACUACUACUACUACUACUACUACUACUACUACUACUACUACUACUACUACUACUACUACUACUACUACUACUACUACUACUACUACUACUACUACUACUACUACUACUACUACUACUACUACUACUACUACUACUACUACUACUACUACUACUACUACUACUACUACUACUACUACUACUACUACUACUACUACUACUACUACUACUACUACUACUACUACUACUACUACUACUACUACUACUACUACUACUACUACUACUACUACUACUACUACUACUACUACUACUACUACUACUACUACUACUACUACUACUACUACUACUACUACUACUACUACUACUACUACUACUACUACUACUACUACUACUACUACUACUACUACUACUACUACUACUACUACUACUACUACUACUACUACUACUACUACUACUACUACUACUACUACUACUACUACUACUACUACUACUACUACUACUACUACUACUACUACUACUACUACUACUACUACUACUACUACUACUACUACUACUACUACUACUACUACUACUACUACUACUACUACUACUACUACUACUACUACUACUACUACUACUACUACUACUACUACUACUACUACUACUACUACUACUACUACUACUACUACUACUACUACUACUACUACUACUACUACUACUACUACUACUACUACUACUACUACUACUACUACUACUACUACUACUACUACUACUACUACUACUACUACUACUACUACUACUACUACUACUACUACUACUACUACUACUACUACUACUACUACUACUACUACUACUACUACUACUACUACUACUACUACUACUACUACUACUACUACUACUACUACUACUACUACUACUACUACUACUACUACUACUACUACUACUACUACUACUACUACUACUACUACUACUACUACUACUACUACUACUACUACUACUACUACUACUACUACUACUACUACUACUACUACUACUACUACUACUACUACUACUACUACUACUACUACUACUACUACUACUACUACUACUACUACUACUACUACUACUACUACUACUACUACUACUACUACUACUACUACUACUACUACUACUACUACUACUACUACUACUACUACUACUACUACUACUACUACUACUACUACUACUACUACUACUACUACUACUACUACUACUACUACUACUACUACUACUACUACUACUACUACUACUACUACUACUACUACUACUACUACUACUACUACUACUACUACUACUACUACUACUACUACUACUACUACUACUACUACUACUACUACUACUACUACUACUACUACUACUACUACUACUACUACUACUACUACUACUACUACUACUACUACUACUACUACUACUACUACUACUACUACUACUACUACUACUACUACUACUACUACUACUACUACUACUACUACUACUACUACUACUACUACUACUACUACUACUACUACUACUACUACUACUACUACUACUACUACUACUACUACUACUACUACUACUACUACUACUACUACUACUACUACUACUACUACUACUACUACUACUACUACUACUACUACUACUACUACUACUACUACUACUACUACUACUACUACUACUACUACUACUACUACUACUACUACUACUACUACUACUACUACUACUACUACUACUACUACUACUACUACUACUACUACUACUACUACUACUACUACUACUACUACUACUACUACUACUACUACUACUACUACUACUACUACUACUACUACUACUACUACUACUACUACUACUACUACUACUACUACUACUACUACUACUACUACUACUACUACUACUACUACUACUACUACUACUACUACUACUACUACUACUACUACUACUACUACUACUACUACUACUACUACUACUACUACUACUACUUCACUUAAAUAA